AUGUGCUUGCCACUGAAAUUCAUACAAUUAUUCAUUCGAAUCAAUUGUUUUUGUUUCAUCAUAUUUGGAAUUGUACUUAUUACCCAAGUAUUCAUAACACUAAAUGAAGACAUCAAUAAUGGCAAAGAUGGAAUCAUUUUUACAUUUUCAGUAGGUUUAGCUAUUAUUAUAGUUGGUGCAUCAGGAUUAUUAAGUUCAUAUUGUCCAAACUUUUGCAUAAUAUUUGUCUAUUCCUGUUUUAUAAUCUUAAUUGGAGUGUUGACAAUCUAUGUUACAAUAAGUUUAACAAUCUUACAAGAUUAAUUAGUUAGUAAGAAUUUUGAUGAUUGCAUCUCUUCCUCUUUGCCUUCUGCUCAAAAAACUAAGGAAUAAAUUUUAUGGGCUGAAACACAGUUUUGUAAAUAAAAUUGUCUUUGCUACAUCGACAAAAUUUAGGAUUGGGAUCCAGAUUAUCUAGAAAAUAAUCGAAUUUCUUAUACUACCAAUAAAGAAAUUAGUGACAUCAUCAAAUAUCCUGAUUGCAACAAAUCAAUCAAAGUAGAUGGCUUGUCUUACAAACAAAUUGCAAAUUUAGAAGAAAAAUACAGUUGUUCCGGAUGGUGUAAAUAGCAUCCUGUUUACUUAUUCUCAAACAUCAACAAUGGAAUACCAAAAGAUGGAUGUUUUACCUACUUUGAAUAAGAAUACAUAUAUUAUGUCAAUAGAGCAUAUAUAGACUAUCUUAUUGUUGAUAUUCUCUACCUUUUUAACUUAGGAUUUGCUAUAUGUUAGUGUUAUUAAACAAGCCGACAUAAAAAGUCAAGAAUAUACCCGUAAAUACUCUAUGAGCUUGCAUCCCAGUGA